AGCCUAGGGUUUCACGUCGCUCUCUUCUCUCGCUCGAUCAACGUCUCUCUCUCUCUAAACCCUAGCUACAGACAACCAUGGCUGAGAGAGGUGGAGAACGAGGCGGUUUCGGCCGAGGCUUUGGCCGUGGCGGUAGGGGCGGCGACCGCGGUGGAAGGGGUGGCCGCCGUCGCGGCCCCCGACGCGACGAGGAGGAGAAAUGGGUUCCGGUGACCAAGCUCGGCCGCCUUGUCAAGGACGGCAAGAUCCGAAGCUUGGAGCAAAUAUACCUCCACUCUCUCCCGAUCAAGGAGCACCAGAUUGUCGACACUUUGGUUGGGCCUUCGUUGAAAGAUGAGGUCAUGAAGAUCAUGCCUGUUCAGAAGCAGACCCGAGCCGGUCAGAGGACUCGGUUCAAGGCCUUCGUCGUCGUCGGCGAUUGUAAUGGCCACGUCGGUCUGGGCGUCAAGUGCAGCAAGGAGGUGGCGACGGCGAUCCGUGGUGCGAUUAUACUGGCCAAGCUGUCGGUGAUUCCGGUGAGGAGAGGCUAUUGGGGUAACAAGAUUGGGAAGCCUCAUACGGUGCCGUGCAAGGUUACCGGAAAGUGUGGGUCCGUCACCGUGCGGAUGGUUCCUGCUCCUCGUGGGGCCGGUAUCGUGGCGGCGAGGGUGCCCAAGAAGGUGCUUCAGUUCGCCGGUAUUGAUGAUGUCUUCACGUCUUCGCGUGGCUCCACCAAAACUCUUGGAAAUUUCGUUAAGGCAACUUUCGAUUGUCUGCUGAAAACCUAUGGGUUUCUGACCCCUGACUUUUGGAAGGAGACUCGCUUCUCAAAAUCACCGUACCAAGAGUACACAGAUCUGUUGGCAAAGCCCACCGCCAAGAUUACCUAUGUUGAAGAUGUACCAGAGAGGGUUGAUGCUUGAUCAGGUCAAGUCAUUGUUUUGUUUUGUCAAAAAGUACUCUUAAGAAGCGUUUUGCUUAGGACCAGACCACCCUAAUACAUAGAUUGCUGGUUAAAUGCUCUGCCCUUUUUUCCCUGUUCUGGCAAUGGUACUUGAAUUUCAAUUUUGUGGUAAGACAUCUGUUUAAUUUCGAGCUAAAAUGUUAUUAUUAUAAUGCUUGCUUUAUCUUUUA